AUGGAAGCAGGAAUAUUUCAGAACAGGAUCAAUCCACGGCCACGGCAAGAGGGCAAGCACCUGUGCCCGAGAACUAGAGCUCAAAUCAUCGUGUACGCCGAUCUUGCUACGUUGACGGAGGCCAAGGAGCAAUGUCGACGUCUAGGCGGACGUCCACCCGUCGGAAGUCAGGAAGCUGAAUGCCUACAACAAGCUGUCGGCAAAGUGGGCGCACUCGCUGAUGAAACCAGGCCAUGGGUACUGACACAUGUGGAGGAUCCCCUCAGCGAAGGCGCCCGGUAUACUCUGCACAGAACUGACGUGCCUUCCAAUGCACAAGCGCGGGAUGCCCGCCACACUGUGGCAUGCGCCUUCAAUCUCAGGGAAUACUUGUGCACCCAGGAUAUACGAUUGAUCCGUUAUCCGCCCUCUGAAAUGAACAGCGUCGAAAGGAUGACGGCAUUUUGUCAGGAUCAAAAAGCUCGGGUGCCAACUGAGGGCGACAUGAAGUGCGUUGAAGACUUCAGAUCUCUGAUUCACAAAGAGACGGGUCACAUGGAACAAAACUUUGCUAACCAGUUGUGUGUAGUUGGACCUGUAGAACACACUUGUACACAAGGGGGUACGCCGCGACUAUUUAGGUACUUUCCCCAAGAUUUGACUCGUGAUGAGGCCACUAUGCUUUGUGAGGAGAAUGGUGGUAAACUUCCAGAAUCCAUCACAUGCGCCAGAACAUUAAUGGCAAAGAUUCACGGCAGUAACUCUCCAUUUGCUGCCUGGACGUCGUAUGACAAUAAUGGAGAAUACCUUGACACAAACAUUGUGUAUACCGCAAAGACCAUCAGUCCCGAAUUAAAGCGCAAGGUUAUUUGCGACCUGCCAGACCUUACCACUGUGAAAACAGAGGACUUAAAUUGUCCAGGCAGCAACACAAGACUGAGGUACUUCAACAUCAAAUUAUCCUACGAGCGAGCAGUAAGCUUCUGCGCCAAUGUCCAUGGAAGCGUACCAAAAAACGACUCGUGCCUUAAUGUUUUUAUGGAUGCCCUCCAUAUUAAACUGAGUACUCAAUAUAAUCCCGCCGUUUGGAUAGCGGGAGGCACAUCAUCAGCUGUAGUGCGAGGAGGAUCGAAGGGUUCAGACCAUUCCAGAAUUGGCUAUCCUCAAUCACCACUCAAUGUUGUGUGUGAAUUGCCAUACUCGGCAGUAAGAUGUCCGUAUUACCCAUCAACUAUCAUCAAAUACUUCCCAGUGGAGAUGACAUUUGCUGAUGCAACUGAUCACUGCCAGAAGAUGAAGGCAAAGAUAGCGUCUAGAACUUUCUGUGUAAAAGACUUUCUGCAAACGACAGGGAGCAAUCCGGUGGCCUGGUUGUCAUGGAAACUCGGGAGUCUUCAAUAUGCAAGUGACGAGUUGCCAUACAGUGUCACAUCUCUGCCUGCAAUUAAGCACAAGGUCGUGUGUGAAAUCGUACCGGAGGGCCGCAGCUUUUGUCAGGAAACUAGAGCUCACAUUGGUUUGUAUGCCAAUAAGGCCUCAUUGACACAGGCAAAGGACCAAUGCAAGCGUCUAGGCGGACGGCUACCCGCUGGCAAUCAAGAGGCAGUCUGCGUAAAGUACGCCCUGACGACAGUAAAGGCUGAUUCUCCAGCUUACCAAACCAAACCGUGGGUGCAAAACCAUGACGAAGAUCCACUCUAUCACACCGCUGAGAGCAUGUAUACUCUGUAUGAGAGUAACAAACAGAGAAGGCAGAAGGAUGAGCACAACACUGUGGCAUGUGCCUUCAAUCUCAGGGAAUACUUCUGCGAACGGUCCUCUGGUGCAUAUGGAGCAUCUAUGGUUCACUAUCCGGACACAUCACUGGACAACAUCUACAAAAUCCAAACUUCCUGCUUAGCAAAAGGAGGUCGAGCUGCAUCCAACGAUGAAAGUCACUGCAUUGCGGAGUUUAGGGAAAUAAUUUACAAAGAGACAGGUCACUGGGAAGAAAAUCUGGUGAACCAGGUGUGCGUUUUCGGUCCGUACGAGGUUUUCUGUAGGGAUUCAUGGCGGAUGCUUAAAUUGUUCCCGAAACGGAUGAAUAUUGUGGACGCACACCAACACUGCGUGUUUGCGAAUGGACAGCUAUCAGACUAUGACGAACGAGGUUGUAUCCAACGUAGCUUUGGGUCUCUGCUAAAGCCUUAUCCAUUGUCUGCUUGGUGUCGUGAUGCCAAUGGGAACGCAGCGUCCACUCAUGGGCCAGCUUACGGUGACGGAGGGGUGGCGAAGGAAUACUACGUAAUCUGCUCCAUUAAAUUUUAUGCCUACCGUACUAAUGCCACUUACAACGUGAAAGGGAUGGAUCUGGAACUUUCUCCGAAUUUCCUAUCCAUGAAAUCAACACACGGCUGCCCUAAAGGUACCGCGCACAUCUCAACAAAGCUCACAUCGCAGUGGAAAGAAAUACAGGCUACAGAUCUUCUUUCUAAGAAUUUCGUUUUUGGACUACAGCCGUGGGGCCAUUGGGACGAAAUUGACAAAUUUUACUACACUUGGAUUGAAGGUAAUUGGUAUCUUCGAAGAUUGUAUUACUAUUUCGGGAGAGGGAGUUGCAAAAAUCAUGGUCACGUUUAUCGCUCGCCUGAAUUGACUUGGUCUGCUAUUUUCAAGCACCAAGGCACGGUCAUCUGCGAUGAUGGUUCACCACCGGAAAUGCUAUGUUACAGACCUACUACCCGAGACUAUGAAAGAUUGUGCGGACAUUGGAAAGUUCUUGUGCACACCAAGACUUACCAACAGCUAACAUACACUGAUGCCCAGGCUGCGUGUCGCAAUAACACCGGGUUUUUCCUGCCAAGCGAGACACUAUGGAACAAUUUACUGAUGGAAAUGAAGACGGGUACUGAUUUAGAAUGCAGGAAGAUUGCCGCAACCUUUGACAACAUCAACCUCUGGUACGCAAGACAUGGCAAAGAAGUCAGCGGGUCAAUGCUUUCAUCGGUUUGUGUGGGAGCUCGUUUUCCGGCGAGUGCUGUAUCCAGCCACGGCGUUCGCAAGAAUGAAGGCUUUGACUACAUUGAUGAGAAUGGUCACGUGACAUGCAAGAGGGGCUACAGAAAACCCUUGCGCGAGAUCAUACCAGCACGUCCAUACAAGGGAAUGUGGCAGAACAUGGCUGGUUGUUACAAUUAUGUGCUUCUCCCUAAAACUAAUUACGUCCGACAACUUCGGGAAGAUGGUUACUGGUUUCGAUAUCAAAGGUGUGAGCCGCGCAGCAUGAUUUCUCCACAGUAUCACAACCCGAAAGAUGGUACGGUAUGGUGCCCCUUCAACCAAAUAUGGAACUGCACAUACGAACACGGGCUCCGUUGUCCAAGACUGGAUGAUCACUACAAGUUGAGGCCCGUGUGUGAAGGCGGAUAUCGUCAAAACUACGCCGGUUGCAAUCCAACAGCCCCUCUCAAGCCUCUACAGGCAUCUCAACAUGUGAUAAAGGAGGCGAGUAUAUUCAACUGCCGUUGGCCGGCGUUCGAAAGCUGUACCAGCCCUCCCUGUGCUGGCGGCCGGUACAACAAUCCAGCAGUUAUUGGAUCACAUGCAACGGCAAAAGGUCAAGUACACUCCUACACCAAUCUUCCGGGAUGUAUGAGAUUGGCAUCUCUAACAUCUAGCGAACGGCACUGGUAUUACAGCAAUAACCGGACAACAUUUGAUCGGGCUAGUAUGGCGUGUGAGGACAUGGGCACAAGACUGAUGACAAUGGACGAAGUUCUAACAAUCCGGGAAUUCUUUCUCACCUACUACAACAACUGGGCUGAUCGUUUCAUCUGGGUGCUCGAUCCAUUCUCCACUGCUCCCCUGGCUUUCAACAUGAAGACAAAUGAAGAGAAGAACAGCUUCACUGCUCUCAUCAUGUGCAAGUCAUCAAUCCCUUUCAAUGUGUAGAUCUCACUCUAUAUGCUGCGGUAGCUGGUGUUCGUUAUCCUUAGUGUCCAGUCUGCUAAACGAAUGACAUCAUAGCGCUGAAUGUGAACAAGACCACGCGUGGUAUUCUGUUCACCUCCACCAUGAUCUGGCCAUGACACGGCAGCAAUAUGUGUAACAUCAUCAUGGCAACAUGCAUGUGCCUAACCGACAGUAUAAGAUUGAUUCUUACCAUCUUACUGCUUAAGCGGUCUCCUGCACACUUCCAAUAAGGCACUCUGCCUAUUGCUAGUGGAAGGGUUUCCCGUGGUUUCUUUGUUUUCCUUUGGUUCUCGCUUUCAUUUUCUGAUCCUAUUGUGCUGCCAAUAUGCUCAAAUACAAUUCAGCCUAUAUGUUCAAUUCAU